AUGAAUGUGGGAGAACUAAGACCAACUACCAUCUCCUUACAAUUAGCGGACAGAUCUGUCAAGUACCCAGUUGACAUCCUAGAAAACAUACCCAUCAAGGUGGGAAAAUUUUUUGUUCCAUUAGAUUUUGUUGUCUUGGAGAUGGAGGAAGACGUUCAAAUCCCCAUUAUAUUGGGAAGACCUUUCUUGGCAAUUGCCAGAGCAAUCAUAGACGUUAAAAAUGGGCGUCUAACUCUCAAAGUGGGGAAUGAAGAGGUAGAAUUCAAGUUGUUCCAAGCACUGAAGCAAAAAUCUGAACCUGAUGAAUGUUUAAGGGUUGACAUCAUAGACAAACUAGUAGAGGAAGAUUUUCAAAAGAGAUAUCCUAAAGACCCUCUUAAAGCUUGUAUAGUGCAUGGCCACAUAGUGGAGAAUGAGAAUAAGGAAAUUAUAGCAUAUGCAGAAUUUCUUUAG